ACUCUAGUGAGAACGAUAAAGUUAGACUGCUUUCAAUCAACACUUUGCUAUCAUUCCGCCUACUAGCAUAAUUGAUUUGAGACGCCAUAGUCCUCUCAAACGUCUCGUCGCUAUUCCAAAUGUUUGUUCGAUGCCUCUAAUGUAGGCUGGCUUAUAAAAGUGUGACAAUAGUGAGCCACAAAGAAACAAUCUCUUUAAACAUGAUGCUUCUUCGCACUAGAUUCCACAGUAUACGUAUUAUCUUCCUUCUCUAGUAUAGCCUGACCUCAUUGGGACUUGACAACAGAAUCAUCACUACAAAACACUGAAGGCAAGCGACCUAUGAUAAGUGGUUCCUCUGAACGUCAGUAGACUUUCAAGAGCCCAGCAUGAUACCAGCAGUUAGCAUGCCCGCUCUUCGCAGCCAGGGCGAAUUGUUCAUGGUCGGUGUCGUGCCCGUAAGCGCUCAACCUGAAGGCUCAGAUUGUUCAAUCUGUACGGAACACCUUGUUAGAGAUGUGGUACAAUUAGCUGGUGCAUGCGGCCAUACGUUCCAUACAGUGUGCCUUGUCGCCUGGCUUUCUAUUACUGCGCGCCAAAAUCGCACUUCCCCAAACUGCCGCUGUGAGCUAUACGCCGCACCGGCGAAUCGAUCAUCAGAUUCGGCCGCUCCAAUCCGCACCGCAGAAUCUAUCAUCGCCCAGAGAGUAAACGUAGAAGCUCGUAGAUAUUCAGGCCUGCUAGCAGCUAGCAGGCUUGUUCCAGGAGCUUUUAUGAGACCUCGGGGAUAUGAUGAAGAAAUGGACCUUCGAGUAGCGCACGACACUCCUCUUGCACAAAAAUUUUCGGCGUCGACCAACUUUACCACCGUGUUGUUCUCGGGUGGAAUCGAUCCAAACAUGAUAGCCCGUGCCCGUCGCGCGGCACUACGCCUUGGUAGUGAGGAGAUUCUUCUCCUGACACUCACCUUGACGGUUUUCAUGAGAGUAUUGUCACCAGGAUCAUUGUAACAAUUACAGUUUUUAUGUUGAACAUACGCCAUCUGGUAGUGUGCAGGUUCUGAG